CCAAAAGUAAAAGAAAAACAAAAUCGUCAAUCCCACCGGAGCUUCCCGCCGUCAAUGGUGUUUUUAUAAUUGAAAUAUUCUCACCAAUCAAAUGCCGGCCCCCAAUCAUCUCCCCUUUCCUCUCUCUUUCUCUUUCUCUAUCUCUCCUCUCUCCCAACUCCUCUGACUUCCCCGGAAUGUUUUUUAUUUGAUUUUUCUUCACUACUCGAUCCCCCACUUCUCCACCGUAUUACAUCUCACCCCCGGACAUUUGAACAUUCUCCUCUAAAAACUAAAACUAAUGGACUCGCCAACGUCGAGAGGCGGAGGCGAUUCAACAACUCGAAUCGCGGCUCGAUCUUCCAUGAUUGAGUCUUUCAAAGGAUGUGGAUUGACAGGGUUAAGAAUUGACAAGGAGGAUUUGCGGAAGAAGCUUCAGAUGCCGCAGUACCUUCGUUUUGCUAUGAGAGAUUCCAUCCGGCUGCAGGACCCUAGCGCUGGAGAAAGCCGGUUACCUGGUACUAGGCUUGAUUCUCUCUCUGCCUCAACCUUUGUACCCGAGAGUACCGAGGAACCUCCGGAGUCACCCAUGGUGGUGUUUAUUAAUCCACGGAGUGGUGGUCGCCAUGGCCGCUUGCUUAAGGACAGACUCCAGAUGUUAAUUAGCGAAGAACAGGUUUUUGACUUAACUGAUGUGAAGCCUCAUGAAUUUGUUAGAUAUGGAUUGGGAUGCCUUGAGUUAUUGGCUGAACUUGGUGAUGCUUGUGCUAAAGAUGUUCGACAGAAGAUUAGGGUCAUGGUUGCUGGAGGUGAUGGUACUGUAGGUUGGGUACUUGGUUGUCUAUUAGAACUUGAGAAAAAGGACAGGCGGCCUGUUCCCCCAGUAGGAGUAAUUCCUCUUGGUACUGGCAACGACUUGUCCAGAACCUUUGGCUGGGGUGGUUCUUUUCCUUUUGCUUGGAAGUCAGCCAUCAAGAGAUCCCUGGACAGGGCAACCACCGGUCAGAUUCGCAAAUUGGAUAGUUGGCAUGUUUUUCUUUCUACACCAUCAGGAGAAAAUGUGCAGUUACCACAUUGCAUGAAACCUACAGAAGAGCUUGCUCUUGAUGAGAGCUUGGAAAUUGAGGAAGCAUUAUCAGAGAAAGCAAGCUGCCACGAAGGAGUAUUUUAUAAUUACUUCAGCAUAGGAAUGGAUGCUCAGGUGGCUUAUGGCUUCCACAAUCUACGUAAUGAAAAACCUUACCUUGCACAAGGUCCAAUUGCGAACAAGUUGAUUUAUUCCGGCUAUAGUUGUGGUCAGGGCUGGUUCUUCACGCCUUGCUCUAGUGAUCCGGGUUUAAGGGGCCUUAAAAACAUCUUAAGGAUGCAUGUCAAAAAGGUCAAUUGCUCAGAUUGGGAGCAGAUUUUAAUUCCCUCGAGUGUGAGAUCUCUUGUUGCUUUGAAUCUCAACAACUAUGGUAGUGGCAGGCAUCCAUGGGGAAAUCUUACGCCAGAGUACAUGGAAAAGAGAGGAUUUGUAGAGGCACAGGUUGAUGAUGGUCUUUUAGAAGUUUUUGGUCUAAAACAAGGAUGGCAUGCAUCACUUGUUAUGGGAGAACUCAUCUCAGCUAAACAUAUAGUUCAGGCUGCAGCGAUUCGAUUUGAGCUUCGAGGUGGAGAAUGGAAAGACGCAUUUUUGCAGAUGGAUGGAGAACCAUGGAAGCAACCGAUGAGCAAUGAGUUUUCGACUUUUGUUGAAAUCAAGAGGGUACCUUGUCAAUCACUCAUGAUCAGCGGAGAAUAAUUAGAGAGAUAAGCUACACAUUGUUGAUGAUACUGGCAAUUUCUUACUGUUAGGAUUAACCAUUAAUGUAAGUAAUCUGUGUCGUUGGAUCUUCCUUUCAAAGGAAUGUAAAUUUUUUUUUCUUUUUUCUUUUUUUUUUUAUUUUAAUUUUUAUAUUGUGGAAGUAAGUUUUUAGGUGUGGGGAGGAGAGUUUGGUGUUUCGGAUUCAUUCGAAGGGAAGAACAUCUUGUUCUUGUUCUUGUUAGCUGAACUGAAAAUGAGUUUGUGAGAGUGGCGAAAGCCUCAAAACGGUAUUUAUUGUUUGUAACUUUGUAUUUCUGUGACAUUAAUUCAUUUGGGAAGCUCCCAAUUUAUGAGAA